AUGAUCACCAAUGAUACACACUUUGGCCACUAUAGUGUUGCAGACAUCAUUACUGCCUCCGACCAUGAGCUCCUCACUUGCACCUACACACCCGAUACAAACCCGCAAACCUCUUAUAACCAAAACAGGGUACCACGCUAUCAUUAUAAUAAAUUAAAUUGGAUUACUCUCAAAAGCGGCCUAACAAAUCUUCCAGAGCAAUAUGACCCCAAUACAAUAAACGAUAAAACUGAACUGGAAGCUUUCAUCACUGACGUCACGAGUGAUAUCGCAGCGAUUUGUGGAAGGGCAACCCGCAAAUCUAACGGCCAGAAAAGGAAGAUAAAUAACUACUGGUGGACUGACGAACUAGCGAUAACUAGAAAGAGAGUGAGAGCCAUGAGGCGGAGGUACCAAAAAUGCACGGAGGCUGCUGGAAGACAAAAAUUUCUAGUUGAUUAUAAAUCAAACUUAGCAAAAUACAGAAAGCUGAUUAGACUUCAAAAAAGAAUAGGGAUCAAGAAAUAUGUCGAAAGUUUCACAACAGAGUCGGCUUUUGGGAAGCCAUAUAAGAUUGCAAAAAACUUGAACAUCAGAUCACAAGAAAACAUCCAUACCGUCACUUGUGAUAGGAACGAAACUUCCGACUUCAAGACCUCAAUUAUUAACAUUCUGAACCAUCAUUUUCCAAUGAUGCAUAAUCCAGAGGUUGAUAUCAGACUCAGUGGUACUGAUGCGGACGAAUUCACUGUACCUGAAAUUGAACAUGCUAUCAGAUGUCUUAAACCUAACAAAUCUCCUGGUCCUGACGGCAUUCUAGCUGAGGUGUACAGAGAAUUAUACUACUGCAAUAAAUCUUGGUUUAGGGCAAUGCUCAACAAAUGCUUUCAACUAAGAAUUUCCCCCACAUGUUGGAAAACCGCCCUGGUAUGCCUUAUCCCCAAAGAGGGAAAAGAUCCCCGACUACCACAGAGCUAUCGACCUAUCUCCCUGCUCUUUACCUGGGGUAAGAUAUUAGACAAACUAUUAACAGAACGUCUAGUAUAUUUCCUGGAAUCCAACAAUAAGCUAAAGUCCAACCAAUAUCUCUUCAGGAGAGGCAGGGGGACAGAAGAGGCCUUAGGUGCAGUGGUUGAUUUUGUAGGUCAGGCUAAAAAGCUCGAUCCUCGGCUGAGCUGGAUCCCACACCUGGAGUAUCUAAGAUCAGAUAUCAUCACGUUCUAUGACAGACUAAAACAGUUCAGUGGAGCCACAUGGGGACUUAUUCCGAAUAUCUUGAAAUUGAUAUACCUGCAGGCUAUUGAAAGGAAAAUCAUUUAUGGUGCCUCCGUGUGGUAUAAGAAUAAAGUUAAAAUAAACCAGAAGCUCCUAACUAUCCAAAGAAUUCCAUUGCUCAACAUCACUAAAUGCUACUCUACAACUAGCACGGAGGCACUACAAAUACUUGCAGGAGUCAUACCUAUUGACUUAAAAAUUAGAGCAACUAUUUCGAUUAAACGACAUACCUGGUCACCAGAGGAAUUUAACGACAGCGAUUAUCAAACAGAUGAACUUAGAAAUUAUAUCCCUUACUCAGUCCCUGUGUAUGACCCUACGAAGUUAAAGAUCGUUAGUAGGGGUUUCGGCUCACCGAGGGGCGUUGGCUACGAGUUCUACACUGAUGGCAGUAAGAAACAGGUGACCAAUGAAAGCACAGGCGCUAAUGAAGAUCGGGUGGGUUGUGGUUUCUUGGUGAAACUGGAUAACCAUACUAUUUACGAACAGACCGCACGUUUAAAUAAUGAGUGUAGUAUCUACUCCGCCGAACUUACGGCAAUCAAAUUGGCUACCCUUUGGGCAAACAAUAACAAUAUUGAACAAUACACCAUCUUUUCUGACUCAAAGUCCUCGUUGCAGGCCCUUGAAAACCCAACCCCAACAGACCCUCUUGUAGAAGAAAUUAAGGAAAUUGUUCAAAACAAACAAUGCUUAUUCAAUUGGAUUAAAGCCCACUCGGGGGAGCCUGGCAACGAGGAAGCAGAUAUUUUAGCCAAAAAGGGCACCUUAUUGGGCGGGGUGGACUUUCACUACACCAUAACAAAACCCCAGGUCAAACAUAGACAGAGGCAGGUCAGUAGGAUUUUAUGGCAGGACAGGUGGAGCAGCUCUGCAAACGGGAGACACACACACUAUUUGAUACCUACAGUUAACGAAUGUUUUUUAUCCAGCGAUUUUUACUUUAAUCAGUUCUUAACUUCCCAUGGUGUAUUUGGCGAUCACCAAGCUAGGAUGUUUCAAAAAUCCUCCGCGUGCAAAUAUUGCGGUCACUAUCAGACUAUUAAACAUCUGAUGCUUGACUGUCAAAAAUUUGCAACCAUUAGGGGAAAUAGUUUUGACAGAAGAGGCGACAUAAGAUCUUGGUGCAGGACUAAUAAACAUAGGCAAAUUAUUAAAGACAUCAUUAAACGCACCCUGGAGGACGCACUCGCCCCUGAUGACAUUUUGGAUCCGCUCUACACGAACUAAACUC